UUCUAGCAAUCACAUACCUAUUUAAAUUAUUACUAUUUUUUUCUUCCCAUCCGAACAUUCAUUCACGAUGACCACACAAAUGUCACUUAUUUUGCUUCUACUUUUAUUUGUAACCACAUUCCACAAAAGCAUAUCUAGCAAUGAUCACAGAUUGGUUAGAUGCAAUGAGAAGGAUCAAAAGACAUUGUUAACCUUCAAACAAGGCAUCAAUGGUAGUUUUAGUCGGAUAUCAACAUGGUCAACUGAAAAAGACUGUUGUGUAUGGGAAGGAGUCCAAUGCGACAACAUUACCGGAAGAGUUACAAAACUUGAUCUCAAAGGGCAGCCUAAUUUUGAUGAUGAGCCAAUCAAAGUCUUAAAAGGUGAGAUGAAUCUUUGUAUUCUAGAACUUGAGUUUCUAAUUUACUUGGAUUUGAGCUGGAAUGAAUUUGACCUAAUAAGAAUUCCAUCCAUUCAACAAAACCUCACACAUGCAUCUAACCUUGUCUACCUUGACUUAUCCUCCCUCGGCCUUGAUACUCUUCAUAUAAGUAUGGAUAAUCUUCAUUGGCUUUUUAUACUUUCUUCCUUGAAGUAUCUCGACCUUAGUGGACUUGAUCUUCAUAAGGAAACCAAUUGGAUUCAGAAAGUGAAUACACUUCCUUCACUAUUAGAAUUGCGGUUGAGUUCUUGUAAAUUGAACAACUUCAUGCUCAACUCAUCUAUUGGGUAUUUGAAUUCCUCUUCAAUUGUAACUCUUGAUCUUUCUUACAACAAUUUAACCUUUCAGUUACUAAACGGGUUUUUAAAUCUCACCAAAGAUAUCAAGCAUCUUGACCUUUCAUGGAAUAAUAUACAUGGUGAGAUACCUUCAAGCUUGUUAAACCUUCAACAUUUGAGACACCUUGAUGUCUCUCAAAACCAACUACAACUAUCAAUUCCAGAUGAAAUAGGUCAACUAGCACAUAUUCAAGACCUUGAUCUUUCCAUGAACAUGUUAAGUGGUUUCAUUCCUUCAACUCUAGGAAACCUCUCAUCUUUAAAUUCCUUAUCUAUUGGCAAUAAUGAUUUCUCUGGUGAAGUUUCAAAUUUAACUUUUUCCAAACUCUCUAGUUUAGAUAUACUAGACCUGAGAAGAUUAAGUGUUGUAUUCCAAUUUGAUUUGGAUUGGGUUCCUCCAUUUCAACUAACUGAAGUUUAUUUGGACAAUACAAAUCAAGGCCCAAACUUUCCAUCAUGGAUAUAUACACAAAAGUCAUUGCAAUAUCUCGACUUAUCAAGCUCAGGCAUUUCAUUCGUAGAGUUCUCGAGCCUUACAGAAAGAAUAUUUGUGGAACUUCUUUUGUCAAACAAUUCCAUUUUCGAAGACAUAUCUAACCUAACAUUAAAUUGUUCAUGGUUAGGGUUGGAUCAUAAUAAUUUCACAGGAGGACUCCCGAACAUAUCACCAAUUGCCCGAGUAGUUGAUUUGUCUUACAACUCCUUCUCGGGAAUAAUUCCACAUAGUUGGAAGAACUUGAAAGAUUUAACUUACCUUAACUUGUGGGGAAAUAGGUUGUUUGGUGAAGUUUCAGUGCACCUCUUUGAGUUGAUACAAUUACAAGAUAUUAACUUAGGAGAAAAUGAAUUUUCUGGAACCAUACCAAUUAAGAUGUCACAAAACUUAGAAGUUGUUAUAUUGAGAGCUAACCAUUUUGAAGGAAGUAUUCCACUACAGUUAUUCAAUCUCUCUUCUUUGUUUCAUUUGGAUCUUGCACAUAACAAACUUUCAGGAUCUAUGCCAAAGUACGUCUAUAACUUGACUAGUAUGAUUACUUUUCACUUGAAUUCAUGGUAUCCGGCUACAAUUGAAUUGUUUACAAAAGGUCAAGAUUAUGUGUAUGAUGUUAACCCGGACAGAAGAACUAUUGACCUUUCAGCCAAUAACUUGUCUGGAGAAGUGCCAUUGGAAUUGUUUCGGCUUGUUCAAGUCCAAACCUUAAACUUAUCUCACAAUAAUUUCAGUGGAAAAAUACCAAAGACGAUUGGUGGCAUGAAAAAUAUGGAAUCUCUCGACUUCUCUAAUAAUAAGUUUUCUGGUGAAAUUCCUCAGAGUGCGUCUCUCUUAAACUUUUUGGGUUAUUUGAAUUUGUCUUGCAACAAUUUUGACGGAAAAAUCCCGAUAGGAACUCAACUUCAAAGUUUUAAUGCAUCGAGCUACAUUGGCAAUCCAAAAUUAUGCGGAGCUCCUCUCAAAAACUGUACCACAAAAGAAAAUCCUAAAAACACAACACCAUCUACAGAAAGUGAAGAUAAUGAUACUCUAAAAGAAUCAUUGUAUCUGGGCUUGGGAGUUGGUUUUGCGGUAGGUUUCUGGGGUAUUUGUGGUUCUUUGUUUCUUAUUAGGAAAUGGAGGCACACAUACUAUCAAUUUAUUGAUGGAGUGGGCGACAAGCUGUAUGUAACUUUGAUGGUAAAGUUAAAUAACUUUCACAGAAGUUGAGUUCCUAAUAGUGAAGGUUAGUGGACCUAUUUUAAGUUUUAUUAAUCAAACUAUAGAGUAAUUUGUUGUAUUCGUAGUUUAUGUAUGACAUCUUUUAUUGAUCAAGCUAUAAUUUUUUUUUUUUAAGGUUUUGUUAACGAGUGCCUUCGGACACUCUUUAAACACUCUAAAUAAAGUAAUUAUUCUUUUAAAAUAUAAAAGUUUUCAAUUUUCUUUUUUUAUUUUUAUUAUGUAGUUACAUGCAUAACUUAUAUCCAUUUCAUUUGCUUCAUAUUUUCUCAGGUGAUUAUGCAUGUGGAAGAUCUUGCAUUGUUUUGCAAGUCAUAGACAUAACUUUCCCAACAGAGCCAGUAAAGUAUUGUGAUGGAUAUAAUUAAGAGUUGUAUGAGAUGGUAUUGUGACUAUACCACUAUUUCUGCUGAAUUCAUCUUUCACUUGUCGUAAUGUUUUUGUUUAUUGAAAAACUGUGUAUGCAAAUAGGGGAAUGGUAGCAUUCAAGUUGUCAACUGUUCCUAUGGUUUGUACUCACCUCAUGUUCUAUAUCCUUAAUUUAUGCAAAAUGUAGUGAUUUUGGACAUUGUGAAUUCCUCAUGUUAUGUAGAUCUCUUCUUUUUAUCAGUUUAUUCAGAUAGUUG